UUUGUUGUCUUAGAUCACUGACGAAGUUCUCUCGUCGAUUCUUUAAAAAUUGUCAAAAAUCCAGUCGUUUAAAGAUACUCGGCAAGGGAGAAUUGUAAUUAGUUAAUAAUAUCUCGUGUUGUUCUGCGCAAUUCUGCAACUUAACAUUUUGAACAGAACAUUCUGUUAAAACGUUCGUUUUCCUCUAAUGCCGAUUGUUAUCGACUACUUCUUUCUGGCGAUUGUUCAAGCCACGUUAUUUCUUACGAAACGAGCCGAUUCUCUCCAGGUGCUGGAUAUCGGGUUCAAUCUGAUCACCGAACUACCGGUCGACGCCUUCCAAGAAAACCCGUCGAUCACGCUGCUAGCAAUCGACGGUAAUCCGCUGUCGACGGUACCGGAAGAGGCGCUCGCCCAACUGAACGGUACCCUGCGCGGUCUGAGUCUGGGCGGACGAUUCCUCGUCUGCGAUUGCCGCUUACGCUGGAUCGUCGAGUGGAUUAAGACGCGAGACCUGCAGGUCACCAGCCGCGAGCGCAAGCCGCAGUUCUGCGGCAGUCCGCAACGAUUGCAGGACAAGAGUUUCUACAACAUCGAUCCCGACGACAUGAAUUGCGAGCGACCGUCGGAGAUAAUCGGAAUCGGGACGGUGGAGAGCGUGGACACGAGAGAACCGACGGAGACGGCGGAGACGGCGGUUGGAGAUAUCGCUACCCAUCUCCCGACCGUACGGCCCACGACUUCCACAACCGAGCUAGUCACCAGCACGACACUGUCCACGACCACGGUGACGGUGUCGUCGACGACCGAGCAGAGGAGAACGGCACCGCCGGCGCCAUCCUCGACCUACGUUCCGACAACCCGGCCGACUGCCGCGCGAACCGGUAACGUCGUGGUGGUGAGGACCACUCCGUCGCCACCGAAGCAAGCGCAGGAUCAUAUACAACAGCAUCAGCCAAGGCCGCCGUUGGUCCUGGGAUCGCCGUUGUACAAGUCGAAAUCGAACGAGAAGGACAUCGUCGUGAAGGAUGUGCUCAGACAAGACAACGCGGUCAUCAUAUACUGGGACACGGAGGCGACCAACAUUCUGGGCUUCAGAGUGAUCUACCGACUGUUCGGGGAUAAUAGCUUCAAGCAAGCGCCGCCGCUCGAGGCUAGCGAGCGAGAAUUCAAAAUAAAAAAUGUACCCUCUCAGGAAUGCAUCGUGGUUUGUGUGGUCUCGCUGGAGGAGACCAACAUCACACCGGCAAAUGUGCCGUAUAACCAGUGCCGCGAGGUCAGAACGGAGAACUCGCCCACGUCGAACAUGGACAAGAUCACGAUCGCCGCGAGCGCGGCGAUUUGCGCCACGAUUGUCGUCGCGGUGAUCAUCUUCGUGGUCGCGAAUCGGCGCCGCGCCCGUAAGCUGCACACUCUGCACAGCAUCGAUCAAACGAAGAUGGGCGGCCCGAUCGCCGGGCUACCGGUCAAUUGUUGCUCGAACGUGGGUCCGACACCCAGCCCCGGCGGGCCCCUGUCGUCGAUGGCCACUCUGAGCGCCUACAACGCCCAGAAGGAGUGGGACCAAGUGUCGGCCUACAGCAACAGGAGCAUACCGCGGCCGAGGAUUUUCCCCAUCGAUCGACAAGGAUCAAUCACCAGGGCAUCCUGCAUCGACGACGUGCGCUCUCAGGCCGGGCACUACAGCAGCAAAGUGUCCGCCCGAUCAAUCGCCGACGGCCAGUCCCAGCACAGUUUCUCCAACAAUUCCACGCGGUACUUCUCUAACACCGCGCUAGCCUCCAAUCUCGUGAGCACGAGACCAGGUCAGUUAACCGCACGCGCUCGCUUUCGUGGCACUUGCCACGAUCCUCAAUCUUCCGUCAAUCGUUUAACGUAUUUGCAUCCUGUUCCAGAAUUACGGCAAUCGCGCCAGUCGCUGGCGGCCGCCUCGGACCGGAUGUCGCGGUCGAACUUCAGCAACAAUCACCUGCCGCCGCACUCGUCGGCCCGGCGGCAGCGACCGCGAUCGCGCAACCGCAAUCUGGAGCCAAAUCCGCCGCGACCUGGCAGCCGAUACAGCCUGGCCGACUCCACGCAUACCCUCAACAACUACGACGAGAACAACUGGACCGACCACGACAUGGACAUUUACAUGGCUCGCAAUCCCACCACGAGGAGCGGCCUCGUGCCGCUCUAAAUAUCCGCGGCCUCCAUUGUCUCGUCGUUCAUUCUUGCUCAAGCGUGCUCAGUAGUGCUCAGUCUCGAUCAGACUGCUCUCAGCCGUGCGGCGCUUUUAAAUCUAGAUAAUCUUGACAGACGCUCCGAUCGCCAAGAGCUGAGUCCCGAACGCGUCAAACGCCACUCCGGAAAAUGUUCGUCGCGACGACGUAGAAAUCCACUUUGCGGAACUUCGUAUCUAAUAUUGGAGGAGUGAAUGAAUCUGUUAACAGAUUUCUGACGUGUCGUUUAGUGUGACAGGGAAACAUCUCUUCGGCAUUUAACACGUUCGAAACAUACUCGGUUUCGACCAUGACAUUAACACACGACACGCGACAGGCAUUACCGUGUAAUGCCUGCGCGAACGCGUGCGACCAGUUAGAAUUGCGAGUGUCAGAUUGAGAAAAUAGACGUAUAUCUCUGUGUAAGCUCUAAGCAACCUUAUGUAAGGUCUCUUAAUUACCAAAUCGUUGAAGCGAGCGAGCCGGGAGUGCUCUUGCGGACGGUUCGAGCGCGCACGCACUUCCGAACGUUUAUUUUUACUUCGAAUAUUUCGCACGACGGACCUCGCGAUUGUGUUUAUCCAAAGACUGCAAUCGAGGUGUCUGGUCUCUAGAGAAGCGCUAUCGCGACCAAGUGAACUCGAACAUUACUGCGAGAACGACGUCGAGCUCCCCGGUCGUUCUGGACGAGAGGCGACAACGUAAUGAGAGAUUCAAAGUUUUCUCCAUUGACUCUACCUUAUUUUGUAACACGUGUAUUCGCAUGGGCGCGCAUCAGUGACGAGAACCGCUCGUCGUAAUAAAGAG